AUGGGCAUGUUCGACGAUUUCGAUGGCUUCGCCGGCCCCGGCGCUGCCGGCCCCGGCGGCUACGAGGCUAUGGAUUUGCUGCAGCCCGCCGGCGCGCCCGGCGGCCCCGGCGCCUGCGGCGCGUCGUCGCUGCCCGGCGGCUCGCUGCCCGGCGUCGGCAUGAUGAUGCUCGGCGGCAUCAGCCCCGCGGGCGGCGCGAUCUGGGACGACAUGAUGGCGCUCGGCGCCUGA